AUGGUCUUUGUGAGAAAACUGCCCCCAAAAUCAGCAAAAAAUGUUUCAUUGGGCCCCGGUCUUUGGACCUAUGUGCUAGCGGAGCGUCUCCGCAGCGGGGAAUAUCUGCAACCUUUUACGUCUGUCACCUCCACUUCGGGUUGGAAUCAGGCUUUGAUAUUGGACAAGGGCGACGACCUGGAGCUCCACCAAGGCCUCUGGGCCAUCUUGGAAAAUACGGAAAUGAGCCGGAGCCGGGGCGUGGGGGUUCACCUGGCAUUUCUGGCCCCUCCUGUCGGCGCCGAUGAACCGGCGCAGGGCAAGAAGGCCGAAAUCGCAGCCCCCGAGGUCGGCCGGCUUUUAGGCCUCCGAGAGCCGUUCGAGGGCCGGACACGGGUCCGUCUACAGCCGGAACGUCGCACAACGUAG